AUAAUGUUGGGUUCCACAAGCCUUCGUCCUCUCCUCUGCAACUCUGAACAGCCCCUGACCCCCCCUCUCUCUGCACAAACGAAACAAAACAAAAUCAAAAGUCAAUCGUUCAUUUUUUUCUCAUCCCCACACAUACCCCCUUCACGCAUCUCUAUAAAUUCAAUUUUUAAAACUGAAUUUUUUUUUUGCACUCUGAAUUCAAUAACUAAACUACAAAAACCCAUAUCUCAGUUUCAUCAAUCUCAAACUAUUCCCCCUCUCUCUGCAUGGACGGUCAUUUAUUGCUCUCUCCAAUCUCAAAGGUCAGAGUUUUUCCACCUUUAUCUCUCGUUGCAUGUAUCAAAUCAAAGUCAAGUUCUUUCCUUUGUACUUGUAGAUUUUAGUUGUAUUUUUUUUUCUUAUCGAAGUUCUCUCUGUCUUGGAUCCUUUUGCUUGUUUACUGAGAAAAAAAUGGUUUGUUUUUUGGGAUUGUAUUAUGGGCAGGCACCAUGAGUGGAACUACUGCAUCAAGUCUCUAUCUUGGGCUUUCGUCUUAUUCUUCUUUUUCUUCUUCUUCUUUAGUUUUGGCUACGCUUUUCGUCGCUAAUACUAUUAUGGGCUGCGGACCAUCUAAAGUCGACGACUUACCUUUAGUAACCCUUUGUAAAGAACGUAAAGAACUAAUCAAAGCGGCGUCCAUUCAUCGUUCCGCUCUCGCCGCUGCUCAUGUCACCUACUUCCAUUCUCUCCGCGACGUUGGUGAAGCGAUCCGUAGAUUCGUCGACGAAGAACUCGUCGUCGGAUCUUCCUCUUCCCCUGAUUCCCCUGUUCUAACAUUGCCUUCUGACGAAUUCAAAUCCUCAAAAAAGAACAAGAAAAAGGACGACAACCACUUACCGUCCUCUUCUUCAACUUCCCUUUCCCAUUCCAUUGAAGAAAACACCAAACAUACGAAAAAAGACAAAGAAGAAAGUGAUGGAGAGGAUUCUCAUUUGGAUUUGUCAUCUGGGUCACCUUCAAUUUCCGGGUCACCUUCAGGUCAUGUUCAUAUGGAUCAUAGUCAUAGCCACAGCCCAGAACAAGAAGGGGCAACAUCUUAUGGUUACAACUAUGGCUAUGGCUAUGGCUAUGGCUAUGGCUAUGGAGAUCCUUACCCUCCCCCUCAAGAAAACUGGGGGUAUAAUGGUAAUUCUACUUCCUAUAAGUAUUACAUGAAGAAAUCUGCAACACCUUCUCAAUCUUUUGUUUAUCAGGAGCCUGAAGGACGUUCAAGUUAUGGCUACUCAAGUUAUCAAAAUGGGGGCUUUUUUGGGUACCCUUUGGGGUCUCCAGGAGGGGGAUAUGGAUAUGGGCAGGGGAAUUCUCCUCCUGCUUCACCACAACCUCCGCCAGCGCCGCCGUCUCCGCCUAGAAAUUCGACAUGGGAUUUUCUUAACGUGUUCGAUACUUUUGAUAGUAGCGGGUAUCCGGGUUAUUAUCCGGUGGCUAGAUACGGAUACGGGUCGACUGCGAGUAGUCCAGACUCGAAGGAGGUGAGGGAGAGAGAAGGGAUCCCUGAUUUGGAAGAUGAAACUGAGCCUGAGAUGUUAAGAGCUGCUCAUAAAGAGAAGAGGAAAAUAAUGAAUGAGGAAAUGAAUCACAGUUAUAAUAAUAGUAAUAACAUUAAGAACUUUGGUGAAGGUACUUCAAAGUCAGUUCCAGUUCAAAAGGUUAAUAAUAGUACUGCAGAUGGACCAAGUUCAGCUUCGAAGGCAAUGCCAUCAAGCAAAAGUGAGAGCUUAGAGUCUGUUGGUCAUAUUAAUAUUAAUCGAAGUAGUGGAGGUGGUGAUACUAUUGUUACAAAAAGUUCUGAGGAAGACCUUGCAAAGAAUAAAAGGGUGAGUUUUGAGGUAGAAGAGGCAGCUAAUUUGGAUGUCGGGUCUUCCAUGCCGAGUAGUUUAACUACAUUGUCCGUCCACGGUACGAGGGAUCUCCAGGAGGUUGUAAAGGAGAUUAAGGAUGAGUUCGAGACUGCCUCUAGUUAUGGGAAAGAGGUUGCUGUAUUGCUUGAGGUUGGCAAGCUGCCUUAUCACCAGCGUAAAGGAACUGCGUUUAGAGUGAUCUUUUCCAGGAUCAUGUAUCUGGUGGCACCUAGCAUGUUGUCAUCACAUCCUCCACCCAGAUCAUCUAUUCGAAUAACUUCCAGGGCAAUGAGAAUGGCAAAAGAAUACUGUCAGGUAGCAGAGCAGGAUGAAAAGCAUAGAAAUCUUUCAUCAACUUUGGAGGAACUUUAUGCAUGGGAAAAGAAAUUAUAUAAAGAAGUCAAGGAUGAAGAAAGGCUACGGAUUAUUUAUGAGAAGAAGUGUAAGAGGCUGAGAAGGUUAGAUGGCCAAGGAGCAGAGGCCAGCAAGAUUGGUGCAGCACAGGCUUCAACAAGGAAGUUGCUGACAAAAAUUAAUGUUUGUAUAAAGGCUGUUGAAACUAUAUCAACAAGGAUACAUAAGCUAAGGGAUGAAGAAUUGCAGCCACAGCUGUGUGAAUUGGUUCAUGGGUUGAUAAGAAUGUGGAAGUCCAUGCUUAGAUGCCAUCAGAAACAGUUCCAAGCCAUAACGGAGAGCAAAGUUCGCUCUUUUAGAGCAAAUACCGGUUUCCAAAGAGACUCGGGUUUGAAAGCUACUGCUGAGCUUGAGAUGGAGCUUUUGGACUGGUGCACUCGCUUUAAUGAUUGGAUUAACACCCAAAAGGCAUAUGUUGGGUCCUUAUAUGAGUGGCUUAUGAGAUGCAUUGAACGUGAACAGGAAAUAACUGCUGAUGGAGUUGCUCCUUUCUCCCCAGGCCGGGUUGGAGCACCUCCAAUUUUUGUAAUUUGCAAUGAUUGGUACCAAGCAAUGGAUAGAGUUUCAGAAAGGGGUGUAGCAAAUGCCAUGCACAAUUUUGCUUCCAGCCUACAUGAGUUAUGGGAAAGGCAAGAUGCAGAGCAACGUCAGAGGACCAGAGCACAAUAUCUCUCAAAGGAUUUUGAGAAACGGCUUAGGGAGUUACAUUUACAGAGGCAGAGGAUAGAGCAGGAGCAAGAUGCAUUAUCAGAUAAAACUGCCGUUUCCAAGGUUCCUUCUGAAAGUGGAGUUUCACCACUGGAUGACCUAAAGGUUGAUUUGGAUUCUAUAAGGAAGAAAUUAGAGGAAGAGAGAGCUAGGCAUAAGGAUGCCAUCAAAUUAGUUCAUGAUGCUGCUUCAAGUAGUUUACAAGCAGGUUUGGUCCCAAUCUUUGAAGCCUUGGGCAACUUUACCUCAGAGGUUUUGAAAGCUCAUGAGCAGGUCAGGCUUGAAAAUGCUGGAGUCUCCUAGCCUGAUAUCUCCCUAGGAAGAAAGCCUGCCUUUUGUAUGUGCAGUAGCCAUGUGAGAUUAGAUUUGCUGAUAAAGAAUGUUAGGCAUAAAAGACAGUUGCUUUGAGAAGAACUUAUUUGGGUUUGGGGGUUGUAGAAUCAUUGAAAGAAGUUUUCCCAACAGAUAUUGGCUUUUGAAACCUUAAAUCCCCCUGGUCAAUUAGAAAUAACCCCUUAAGAUAUAGUUAGGUAGCAACUUUGUACAGAAAAUAUUCAUUUAUUGGUUGUAAGCUGACUGUAUGGGAGGAGGAUUGUAGUUAGGAGUAGACAUAUAUAUUGUAGCUCAGUCUUGGAAAAAAAAUUUUGACUGGUUAGAUAACAUGAAAAGCUCAUUGUUUUUGUUAAACUAAUUCUUACUUCUUAUCACGUCAAUUAUAUAGACUUAACUAAUAAAUCAAAAUGACAUGAUAUAUUUCCUAAAUUUCCUUCAUUGUUGAGAGUUCUUGUUCCUUUGAAACCAAAGCAUCCACAAUCUUACAGAGGAAGGUCCGCUAGCUUUGCAGUUGACUUUAAAA